AUGUCUGCGCACUGGUCCUCCGGCGAGCAGUCCGCCUUGGAGGCGGCGCUGCGGCAGUUCUCGGGCUUGCCGAAGGAGGAGAGGUGGGAGGCCAUUGCCCAGAAAGUCGGCCGCAGCCGGCGCGAGUGCCUCGAUCGGUUCAAGUUUGUCGCGGCCGAGGUAAAGGCGCGGCGGGAGGGAGCGUCAACCUCCUCCGCUGCCUCGACGCCCGCGCCUGCGCUACCCGAUGCGGCAGCGACUGCCCCAUCAUCUGCGGCUCCCGCGCCAGCGCCUGCGCCCGCUGCUGCGCCUGAGCCGGCAGCGCCCGCUCCAGCUGUGGCGGCGCCGCCGCCGCCUGCGGAUGUCUCAUCCGCGACGCGCGAGGAGCAAAGGCCUCCAAAGGACAAGCCAGGGCGAUCAGGCCGCGGUCGCGGCGAGACGUCGGGCGGUGCCGAUGUUGGCGGCGCUCAUGGCAACGGCGUCGAGGGUGCCGGGAGGGGUAAGGGCGGCAAGGGGAGGGGCAAGGGCGACGGCGGCGGCAAGGGUGACGGCGGCGGCAAGGGCGGCAAGGGGAGGGGCAAGGGCGACGGCGGUGGCAAGGGCGACGGCGGCAAGGGCAAGGGCGCCAAGGGCGCGGGCGGUGGCGGGAGAGGACGCGGCGGCCAGCAAGCUGGCGGCGAGUCGGCGCCCGCCGGAGGCAAGCAGGAGAGCGCGUGGUGGCGGCGGCUAAAGGCGGACGAGGUGGACAUGAUCACGCUGCAGCCCCUCAACCGGAUGCGGGUCGAGCCCUUUGGACUCAAGGUGGACGCGACCCACGAGGCGUACUUUGACGGGGUGAACCUCGCCUCGUGCUGGACGUCUUCGAAGCGGUUCGAGCACCCCGCGAGUCGGCGGCCGGUGGAGCGCGCAGAGGCGAGCGGCUCGCUCACCGUCUUCGACGACGACCUCCUCCCGAGCCAGGGCGGCGACGCCGCAUACGCCGCCGCCGCCGCCGUGGCAGCCGCCGCAGACAGAGAAGAGCUCUUCCCCGCACUGCCUGCGGCCGCGCCGGCGGCGGCCCCGGUCUGGGGCGCCCGGAUGCGGGCGGCGGCCCCCGCGGCCCCCGCCCCGGCGCCUGCCCCUGCGCCUGUUCCGGCGGUCUCCGAGGCGGUCGCGAGGCGGCGGGCGAUGGCGGAGGCGUUCGGGCGAGGGCCGGGCGGCUCCGGCGCGUCGGCCUUCGCGCCGAGCGUCUUCAAGCCGGACUUGCUCGCCUUCGCGCGGCAGCCGAAGCACCGCGCGUUCAUGGGCGAGGUGGAGGCCGCGCUCGACGCGUUUGUCGAGAGCGAGAAGCGGAGCGGCGAGCUGCGGCCGAUGACGAAGCCGGAGCGCGCAGUCGUGCACGAGGCUGCGGCGCUGUGCGGCACCUCGACAUGUCCAGCACAUGCCGCGGAGCUGUACGGCAUCUCGACCGCGUCCAAGGGGAACGAGCCGCGGCGGUACGUCCACCUCUACCGCACGGCGCGCACCUCGUGGCCCGCCGUCCGCCUCACCGACGCUUGCCGCGUCGAGGCUGGCGCGGAGCCUGCCCCCGCGCAAGCAGCCGGCUGGGCCCUCCCUCUCCUCGACGUGGAGGUGCCGCGGGCCUCCGUCGAGCAGGCGCUCUCCUUCCUCGACCUCGCCUUCGCUGCCGUCAUUCUGCGCGCGCGCAGCGACGGCGGGCUUCCUUCUGGCGCGGCCCCUCCGCUCUCACGGAGACGACCUCCAGCGCCGUGCGGCUGA